AACGGCUUUUCCUUUAAACAAACUUCCUCUUUACAGUUCCCUCCCCAGUCCCAGUCCACGCUUUAAAAGGGUAAGAGAGACAGAAGAAAAAGUCCGACAUCUCACACCAAAGAUCACCGCCGUGAGAUGCCGCCGGAGAUCCCACCGGCGCCGCCACCUCAUUCAUAACUCCUUCACAAAAAGAGAGAGAGAGGGAGAAGAUGUCGAUGUCGAUGUCGAUGACGAGAAAGCAGAACCAGAACCAAGCACGUGACUUGAAGCACCGAGUGCUCACGUGCCUCCACAAGCUCUCGGACCGGGACACGCAUUCCGCCGCGGCGAUUGAGCUGGAGGCCAUUGCUAAAGCUCUUUCAACUGAAACUAUUCCGCCGUUCCUCUCCUCCAUCGCCGCCACCGAUUCCUCCGAUAAGUCUCCGGUCCGGAAGGAAUGCCUGCGCCUUAUUUCCAUCCUCUCCGAAAGCCACGGCAACUUGCUGUCUCCUUACCUCUCGAAGCUUCUCGGUGCUGUUAUCCGCCGCCUCCGCGACCACGACUCCGCCGUCCGCUCCGCCUGCGUAACCGCCUCCGCCUCGAUCUCCUUGCACUUAACCAAGUCGCCGUUCUCCUCCAUCAUGAAGCCGUUCCUCGAGGCGCUGUUCACCGAACAGGAAAUGAACUCUCAGAUCGGCGCCGCGCUGUGCUUGGCGGCGGUGAUCGAGGCCGCGCCCGAUCCGGAUGUGGUGAGCUUGCGGAAACAGAUUCCGAGGUUCGAGAAGCUGUUGAAAUCCGAGAGCUUCAAGGCUAAGGCGGCGCUGCUUACGCUGAUUGGCAGCGUAAUCGCUGUUGGAGCCGCAUCGAAUCAGCAAGUCGUGAGGAAUUUAGUGCCGCGUUUGGUUGAAUUCGUGAGCAGUGAGGAUUGGGCGGCGAGGAAGGCUAGCGCCGAGGCUCUGCUAAGGCUUGGAGUUGCAGAAAGAGAAACAUUAUCCGAGUUUAAGGCCUCUUGCUUAAAGACCUUUGAGGCCAAACGAUUUGAUAAGGUGAAGACUGUGAGGGAAACAAUGAGCCAAAUGCUGGAAGCGUGGAAGGAGAUUCCUGAUUUAUCAGAUGACGUUUCGCUUCCACCUGAAUCAGAUUCAUCAUCUAGAGAGAAUGGUAGUGAUCCACCUGGAUCCAGGAGCUCUGGUACUCUCAAUGUUGGGAGAAGAAACCUACAUAAAAGCAAGACAAAUGCACUAGGCAGCUCUUCUGCUGCUACAGUAAUCGGGAAGAAAGCAACACCAGCAAUAUUCCGCAAACUUGAUCACAAGAAGCCUUUUGAUCAAUUGAAGAUUGAAGUCCCUAAUUCACAGGAUUCUUCUGGGGAUGAUCUCAAGUGUAAAAAUGGGAAAGGUGAUGAGGAGAAAGAAGGAUUCACAAAACCAGAAAUAAAACGCCCCCUUUUUGGGAAGAGUGCUUCUGGGUGUCGCGUAGUUCCAUAUCAAGAUGAGAGAUCAGAUUCUAAUGUUGUCAUGAAUGAAAGUGGGGAUCUGUGUAUGAACCAGAAAGAACGUGAUGAUCUGUCUGAGAUUCGGAAGCAACUUGUUCAAAUUGAAAAUCAGCAGUCCAAUUUGCUACAAGUCCUCCAGAAAUUCAUUGGGACUUGUCAGAGUGGGAUGCAUUCUUUAGAGGCACGUGUUCAUGGUCUGGAGUUGAGCUUAGAUGAGAUAUCAUAUGACUUAGCUGUGUCAACUGGAAGAAUGUCAAAUAGGGACUCAGCAGCCAUGUGUUGCAAGCUACCAGGUGCAGAAUUUUUGAGUUCAAAACUGUGGAGGAGGACUUCAACUUCACAAUUCCCUGCUUCUGGUGGAACCCCAUUCGUGGCUUCGGCUCACAAUAAAGCUAGCCCUGGUUUUAUUGUGAACCCAUUGGCUGAAACGAAUCAUUACUCUCAAUCCCAGCAGGGAAUUUCUCAUGUUUCCUACAACGGAGUAUCAAGAAAUCUUCCCAUGACAAGGGUAAGAAGAUUGGAUCAAGUAUAGAUAGCUGGAAGACUAGAAUGAAUGCUGAGGUCAUAUUUUGCCAGUGUUUGUCGUUGUGCCAAAUCCAACUCCAACCAAUCCAGAUUUUCAGACUUAGUGGUUAGAUAUGAUUGAUCCAAUUCCAUAUUUAGUUAGAUGGAGAGUUGUAUAGGAAAAUUAGAAUCAUUAAUUGUCAUCUUUCCCCCCUUUGGGGUUCAAAAUUUGUGUUCCUUUAUGAUCAGACUAAAGAUAUAUGUUUCUAUACGUGUUAGUGAAAUUGUGCUUUGGACCUUUUGCA